AUGCGAUCCAAGUUUAAGGACGAGCACCCCUUUGAGAAGCGCAAGGCCGAGGCCGAGCGUAUUCGCCAAAAAUAUUCCGACCGCAUUCCCGUCAUCUGCGAAAAGGUCGAAAAGUCCGACAUUGCCACCAUCGACAAGAAGAAGUAUCUAGUUCCUGCAGAUCUCACCGUCGGCCAGUUCGUAUAUGUUAUUCGCAAGCGCAUCAAGCUGUCGCCAGAGAAGGCCAUCUUCAUCUUCGUCGAUGAGGUGCUCCCACCCACGGCGGCUCUGAUGAGCAGCAUCUACGACGAACACAAGGACGAGGACGGCUUUUUGUACAUCACGUAUUCUGGAGAGAACACAUUCGGUGACUGCUGA